AUGUCUACCUUGAGGUCUGCAGUCUACGUGGCUCCGCCAAUUCCAAUCCCUGGGUUCCCCGGGGCGGUAUGGUCUCCGAUAUCUUGUACUCUGAUCUACUCAGAGACUGAGAUGGUUCUGGUCGACACGCCGAUCACCGUUCAGCAGACCAAUGCUUUGCUUGAUUGGAUCCAAGACAUCGCGCCGAAGAGACAGCUGCGGUACAUUUAUGUGACCCAUGGUCAUGGCGAUCAUUGGUUCGGGAUUCCCAUCAUCCUGCAGCGCUUCCCGGAGGCCGUUCCCCUUGCUACACUGGGUACAGUCAAGCAUAUGGAGCAACAAAUCGAGGAAAAAUACUUCAAGGAGAUAUGGGAGUCGCGUUUUCCCAACGAUAUCCCCAAGCCAUUCAAACUUGCGACCCCAAUUCCUGAUGAAUGGAACCUCAAAUUUAAGCUCGGCGACACAUGGCAUUUCCAGGUCGUGGAAUGCGGCCACAGCGAUACACAUGACUCGACAGUUCUCUGGGUUCCGCAGCUGAAACUCGCCGUGUGCGGGGAUGUCAUCUACGGGCAGGUCCAUCAGAUGUUGAUGGAGGCGAAUACAAAGGCAAAGCGGGAGGAAUGGCUGCGAGCCAUCGACAGGGUUGAGGCAUUGAAUCCCUCCUACGUUGUGCCAGGCCAUAAGCGUGCGGAGGAAAUCGACGGUGUUUGGCACAUCGAGUCGACAAGAAAGUAUAUCCAAGACUUUGGUGAGGUUCUCGCGUCUGACCCCAAGAAUGAGAAGGAGAUCUUCGACAAGAUGUGCAAGAUCUACCCUUAUCGGUUCAAUCCUGGGGCGUUGAUACUCAGCUCGCAAGGUGCCUUCAUGGUGCCUAAACAUUCACGUAUUUGA